CCUUUUUCGUUUCCUCAGGGUUUUCUUGUUUCAGGGACCCUUCAGCUGAGAGAAUCCUGGUUUUUGACUGAGCAGCUAAGAUGGCAGUAAACGGUAAAAUCGCAGUCGUGACUGGAGCAGCGAUGGGAAUAGGAAAAGCAAUAACGGAGAUACUCCUGGAAAACGGUGCCAAGGUUGCCCUCUUGGAUGUGAAUGAAACAGCUGGAAAGAGUUUAAUCGAGGUCCUCAAAAAACAAUAUGGGCUAGAGAGAACUUUGUUCCUGAACUGUAAUGUGGAAUCAGAAGAGCAGAUCAAAGCUGCCUUACAGAAAACUGCAGAAGCCUUUGGUGGGAUAGACAUCGUUUGCAACAACGCUGGCCUGUUGAAUGAGGAAAUGUGGGAGAAAACUGUCGCUGUAAACCUCAUGGGUGUUAUCAGGAUGAGUUACCUGGCUCUGGAGCACAUGAGCAAGUUGAAUGGAGGUCGUGGCGGGGUCAUCGUCAAUAUUGCAUCUUUGGCAGGUCUGGGCCCUGUACCAAGCUGUCCUGUCUACACUGCCACCAAGCACGGAGUGGUCGGCUUCACUCGAGCCAUGGCGGCUGCCUCUACCGCUUCAGGUUAUGGCAUACGGUUCAAUGUUCUUUGCCCAAGUUUUGUCCAAACUGACCUCUUAGUCAAUACUACAUCCAAUCUUGGGCAAUUCUCCCACCUGGCUGAUGCAAACAAACAGCUUGAAGACAUGUUUGGGAUAUUAAAUACGUCUGAGGUAGCAGAGUGCGCCCUGGAGCUGAUGAAAGACGAGACGAAGAAUGGAGAUGCCUUAUCGUUGAUCCCUAAAGGAAAACAAUACAUAACUUUUCCAUCUUUCAGUUAGAAGCUCCCUGCAAUUAAAUCCACAACGCCAGCAUUGGCAGGUAUUGUAGUAUUGGAUUUUAUAAUCAAAACUGCAAUGCUUCUCUUCUUGAAAGCACAAAAUAAAAAAACGAAAUGCCUCAAGUGCCUUUGAUUACAACUACAUCAGACAAAUAAUUGUAUUGAAAAUGUCUUAAUAUUGUCGACAAUGUACAUGGGAAGUCUAAGCUGGCCGCUGUUGCCACUUCUUCUCCUUUCAUUAAUUUUGCUAGUACUGCUGAAAUAAAAUAUUUGCUUUUGGUUACAAUA